AUGGCACAAACCCAAGGGGAACCCCUCGCAGUGAUUUGGUUCUCGUUCAAGCUACCAGGUGGCGUUCAGGAUGAAUCCAGCUUGUGGGAUCUACUAUCAAGCGGUAGAAACGUGAUGAGUGACUGGCCUAGCAGCCGUCUCAACGUAGAUGGGUUUCUGGAUGAGGGCAGAAGAAGACCAAACACGCUCUAUUCCCGCGGCGGUCAUUUCAUCGAGGCGGAUCCGGCAGCAUUCGACGCUCCGUUCUUCUCGAUAACCGCGAAGGAAGCAGCCGCAAUGGACCCGGCACAGCGACUUGUUUUGGAGACUGCUUUCCAUAGCUUUGAGAAUGCGGGUAUUCCUCUUGAUCGACUGAAGGGCUCACAGACUGCGGUCCUCGCACCAAUGAGCACUGAUGAUUACUCUCGAUCCACGUCCAAAGAUGUUGACCAGGCUCCACGUAUGGCUGCGACUGGCAUACCGCCUUCAAUGCUUCCUAACAGAGUGAGCUGGUUCUUCAAUCUGCAAGGGCCAAGCGCCCUUGUAGACACGGCGUGCUCUAGUGGCAUGGUGGCCAUCGACAUGGCUUGCCAGUAUAUACGGAAUGGAUUUGCAUCAACAGCUUUAGUCCUUGGUGCGAACCUGCUACUCGGUCCAGAAUGCUCGGUAAUGUUGGGGAACAUGGGAUUUCUAUCCCCUAAUAGCGUGUGCUAUAGCUUUGACCACCGGGCAAAUGGCUACGCUAGAGGCGAAGGCGUGGUGGGACUAGUCAUCAAAGCUCUUCCUCUUGCAAUCCAAGAUGGUGACAUGAUACGCGGGAUCAUUCGCUCCAGCGUUACGAAUCAGGACGGCCGUACGCCGGGUCUAACCCAACCUAGUUCCGAAUCCCAAGAACGCAUGAUUCGUCUUGUGUACAAGCAAGCUGGACUAGACUAUAAGGCUACCCGCUACGUCGAAGCCCAUGGUACGGGGACUCCCAUUGGUGACCCUAUCGAGAUGAAAGCUAUAGGACGCGUCUUUAGGACGUCCCGGACAGCAGACCAGCCGCUUUACGUGGGGUCAAUCAAGUCCAGCAUUGGCCAUUUGGAGGGUACUAGCGGUUUAGCUGGUGUUCUGAAGACCAUCAUGGCACUUGAAAAGGGCAUUAUCCCUCUGAAUGCGUUAUUCGAGAAAAUCAAUCCGGCGCUUGAUGUGGACUUCUACCAUACAGAGAUUCCAACGACACCAACAGCUUGGCCAAACGUCGGGAUUCGACGAGCGUCGGUCAAUUCUUUCGGGUUCGGAGGCACCAAUUCGCAUCUGAUACUCGAUGAUGCUUUCCAUUAUCUCCAAGGCGAGGGUCUGGUGGGCAACCACAACUGUACCAUCUCCAUGGGCUCUGACAGCGGCAACGAGGUUCAAGAAGGAAAGUCGUAUGAGACCAACGGAGACUCGCCCACGUUGACCCGUUCUCGCUUGCUUGUCUGGAGCGCCGCCGACGAAGGCGCACUCAAACGUAUGAUUCGAGACUACAGCUCUUAUUACCAGUCCCGAGUUUUCAACAGUCAAUCGACCCUUGACAGACUAGCCUUGACACUGGCGUCUCGGAGAAGUCACAUGUCCUGGCGGACAUGUGCGGUGAUUGGUCCAGCGUUUCAUUUGGGCGAGAGCGCGACGUUGCCGACCACGAAGGCCACCAGGUUUUCCUCCGAGAAAGCGUUGUCAUUUGUUUUCACAGGCCAAGGAGCACAGCACGUCAAGAUGGGUCUUGGUUUGCUCCAAUACCACGAAUUCAAGGAGGCGUUGCUCGAGGCAGGCAAAAAAUAUGAAUCCCUAGGUCGCAAGUGGUCGAUUAUGGGGCAUUCGUCAGGGGAGAUAGCCGCUGCGUACACAAUAGGAGCUUUGACGCAAGAGUCGGCCUGUAAAGUGGCAUAUUAUCGAGGCCAAGUUGCUGCACAGCUGAAGGCUACAUGUGGCACCUCUUCGCCAGGAGCUAUGAUGUCCAUCAACGCACCCGAGUCUCGGAUUCAACACAUCCUCGGGUCCACCGCGUCCAUCCAAAAAGGGUCCGCCCAUAUUGCCUGUGUAAACAGCCCGCUGAACUGCACAGUUUCCGGGGACGCAUUUUCACUCGAGGCGCUGAAAGAGCAUCUUGAUGCUGCUGCUAUUCCCAAUCAGAAACUCAAAACAGGCGUUACGUACCACGCUCCAAUCAUGAGAACGGUAGCAGCACAGUACUUGGAGCUCUUGGGGGUACUCGAACCACAGAAACCGAAUAUGGCUAUCACCAUGAUCUCUUCUGUGACUGGCCGUGCUGUUGCUACGACAGAUUUGUCCACUGGCCAGUAUUGGGUAGACAACCUCAUCAUGCCCGUGAAGUUCUCGGAAGCUGUUUGCACCAUGAUUCAGGAAGGGUCAAUUAUGGGUGUGGUGGGCGAAGAGAGAAUCACGGACGUGUUUGAAAUCGGGCCACACUGUGCCUUACGACAGCCGUUGAAAGACACGCUGAGACUGAGUCACAACAAGCACGUCCGAUAUUGUUCUGUCCUCGACAGAACAAUGCCUUCGUGCCAGAGUUUCCUGGAACUCCUUGGAAAUCUGUUCUGCAAUGGUUACGGAGUUUCGGUGUCUACGGGGAACCAGCAAGCUGCUCAAGGCGCAGCCACAACCUCAUUCCUUACCGAUUGCCCUCGAUACCCCUUCGAUACUUCGCGUAAGUAUUGGAAAGAAUCACGCCUGAGUCGCGACAACAGACUGCGGCAAGCUGUUCCGAAUGAGGUACUUGGAGUGAGAUCGCACGAUUGGAACCCCCUUGCUCCGCGAUGGCGAAACUUCUGGAGUGUGGAGACAAUGCCAUGGGUCGGAGACCAUAUUAUCAACAACAUGGUCCUUGUGCCUGGCACUGCUAUGUUGGCCAUGGCUAUUGAGGCCAUGGCGCAGAUGGCGUCCGCGGAUCGCCCUGUCGCUGGCUUCUACGUCAAAGGUGCCGAGUUCAUGAGUGCGAUCAGUGUACAAGAGGACUUGGCAACAGAGACGGUUCUCCACCUGAUCCCUCUGCAGCAAUCGUACGAGAAGGAAUCAGUAUGGUCUCGUAUCACCAUUUUCGCCUACAACAGCGGCCGUUGGAGCAAAUGUUUCCAGGCUACCGUCCAGAUCCAAUACGCGGAUGGCCAAACCGAAGUGGAUGCCGGUGCGGAGAGAAGACUGAGCGAAUACACUACACUUCAGCGAUAUUCACAGGCGAUAGAAGAGUGCAGGAGCCCUUUCGACCCGAAGGCGCUUUACGACGUUUUCAAACAGUCGGGGAUCAACUACGGCAAAUCGUUCCAACUACUGCAAGAUAUCCGCUCGAACGGAAGAGGAACUGUCGUUGCCCGCGUUGACUUACAGAAGGCGGGUAACAUAGGCUCUCUGGUUCAUCCAGCGGUUCUUGAUGCAGCCAUCCACUUGACGCUCGUUCCAGCAUCAAAAGGUAUCGCGGAACCAUGGUCCACUUCGGUCCCUCGCAAGUUGCACGACAUGUGGGUGUCAGCAGAGGCAUGGACGAGCACAUCGGCCGUGAGGAUAACGACAACCGCAAAUGCCGCUUCAGCGGGAUCAGGAACGACAAUCACUACCUGUCUUCUCCCAGACGAUAGAUCGACUCCUCUCUGCGUCAUUGGCAGUGUCUACCUGGUUCCUGUCGCUCAACUUGCUUCCAGCAAACACAAUCGGACGAGGUUACUCUACGGCAUCGAUUGGAGGCCUCAGCUUAGUCUGCUGGAUUCCAAACAGUUGAGCCAGUUGUGCGAUGCAGACAACAUUCCCGCAGACAGCACAGGCAUGGCUCAGUUCUACUCCAGACUUGAAGAAACGCUUGACAUUCUUGUUCGAGGAACCUUGCAGCAGAUUUCGCAGACGCACCUACAGCGAGCCCCAGAGCAUAUGUCACAGCUUAUCGCAUGGAUGGAACGCCAUAUUGCUCAGGGACAGGAGACUCCUCCGUCGAUUGACAAUACAUCCAUCGAACAGGCUCGGGAGACUCUUCAUCAGCUUGCGACGGAAAGGCCAAAGUGGAAAAUAUAUGAUGCUGUCGGCUCUAAUAUCUUGUCGAUCAUUGCCGGCGAGAUCGAUCCACUGCAGCUGUUGUUGAGCACGGGUCUGGCUGAAACAUUCUACAGUGAGAUCUUCGAGAGAAAUUGUGACUUCAGAUUGCGGAACUUCCUGCGCCUGGCAUCGCACGAGAACCCAAACCUGAGAAUUCUCGAAGUCGGGGCUGGAACGGGUGGGAUGACCAAGCACGUUCUUUCGGCCUUCCAAGAGUUAGAGGAACUCAGUGGCGGUGAUAAAUUCGCUGACUACACAUACACGGAUAUCUCCCCGGCCUUCUUUGAGAAUGCCCGAGACAAGUACGACAACACUUUCCCAGGCCGAUUCCAGCUCAAGACGUUUGAUAUAGAGAACGAAGCGUCCAAGGAAGGAUUCCAGCCUGGGAGUUACGACAUGAUAAUUGCGGGUAGCGUUCUUCAUGCCACAAGAGAUUUGAACGCGACUCUCGGGAAUCUUCGCACUGUUCUCAAGCCUGGAGGUUCCCUCGUUUUCCUGGAAGUGCUCGCCCCAUAUUCGAUUGCUGCGAAUUUGGGGUUCGGCGUGCUGCCCGGAUGGUGGCUCAGCGUUGAAGCAUGGCGUUCGGAUGGUCCAACAAUCACAGAAGGGAAAUGGGACCAGGUGCUCAAAGGAGCAGGCUUCUCUGGAAACGAGCUUGUACUGCGGGAUUACGAGAGUGAUGUGUGUCAUCUUUCUGGCAUCGUGGUCUCAAGGGCAAUAUCACCAGAAAACACAGAGCACGAGGAAGUCGUGGCACAAGGAUCCGCCCUUUUCUUGGUCAUUGACGACCAAUCGGAGUACCAGUGUGCUUUGGCUGAGAACGUCCGCAUCGAGGCUUCCAGGUCAGCAAGAUUCCAGGAGAUUGAGGUCUUGACCUUGGGCAGCAUCAGAAGCAACACGGUCGCUGCGUCGGACGUGACCAUAUCGCUUCUGGAGGUUGGGGCGCCAUUCUUGGCCACCCUCUCGGAAGAAAAGUAUGGAGCCAUGAAGGAAAUGAUGGCUUGCGUGCGAAACCUGCUCUGGGUCACGGCCAUCCCUCAGAAGGAUGAUGGAGACCUUCCAGAUCGUGCACAGUACAAUCUUACGACUGGGUUUAUACGAAGUAUACGAUCGGAAGCGCUGGAUCGCCACUUUGUUCACCUUGUCAAUGAAUCGGACGAACAAGAUGUUUCGGCUUUUGCUGGACACAUCGCCAACAUCUUACGGCUUUCGUUCGAGUCAGAUCCAGGCGCACCAGAGCUGGAAUAUGUAUUGCGGGGUGAUGUAAUGCAUACAGGACGGCUAUACGAAGCAAAACAUCUCAAUGAACAGGUGGACGGGCUCAUUUCUCCGCAGCUUCGGUCCGGCCCCUGGAAACCUGGACCCCCUUUGAAGCUAUCAAUCCACGCCCGUGGAAUGCUCGACAGCUUGGAGUUCGUAGAAGAUGACACACAUCAAACUGCGAUUGGACCCCAUGAGAUUGAAAUCGAGGCCAAGGCAUGGGGCCUUAGCUCCAGAGACGUCUUCGUGGCUCUUGGUCGACUAGAUGGUCAGGAGUUUGGCUACGACUGCGCUGGGGUUGUGACCAGAGUUGGAUCAGAUGCUGAUUUUCGACCCGGAGACCGUGUGGUCAUGAACGGCGCAGGAUGCAUUCGGACAUACCCUCGGACAUCGUCACAAGCAGCCAUCGCGAUCCCUGAUAGCCUUUCGUUUGCAGCUGCCGCUUCAAUGAUCAGCCCAGGCAUCACAGCUUACCAUUCCCUGGUCAACGUUGCAAGACUCCAGAAAGGGGAAAAGAUCCUUAUUCAUUCCGCUGCCGGUAGCACUGGGCAAAUGGCUAUCUGGGCUGCAAAGAUGAUAGGAGCAGAGAUCUUUGCCACCGUGGGUUUCGAUGCCAAAAAACAGCUCUUGGUGGACCAAUUCGGACUCGCACCGGACCACGUCUUUUACAGCCGCGAUGUAUCUUUUGCUCGAGGGGUGAUGCGUGUUACGAACGGAUAUGGUGUCGAUGUGGUUUUGAAUUCCCUAUCCGGUGACGGUCUACGAGCGUCCUGGGAGUGCGUGGCUCCAUUUGGCCGAUUCAUUGAGCUUGGAAAGGCCGACAUUGUAGGAGAGUCAUCACUCCCUAUGUCAAACUUCGCCAGGAACGUGACGUUUUCUGCCGUUGAUUUACACCAUCUUGGACUUUCUGAUACGGCAUUGGCAUGCCGGCUCAUGCGGGAAGUCACAGACCUAGCCAUCCAGGGACACGUCCAACACCCUGAACCAUUGCACCUCUUCCCACUCUCAGAUGUGGAACAAGCGUUCCGUUUCAUGCAGAGUGGUACAAACACCGGACGCAUUGUUAUCGAAGCUACCGAUUCUGCCGUGGUACAGAAACGUCUUCUCGACCGCUGUGACUGGAAAUGCGACAGCAACUCGUCCUACGUCGUUGCGGGCGGUCUUGGAGGCAUUGGUCGCGCCAUUCUGGAGUGGUUGGCUGAUAAGGGUGCACGGUAUCUCAUUGUACCAUCAAGGUCCGGGGGGGUGGGGUCUGCCGCUGCGUCCCGGGUCGUGUCUGCACUUGAGAAACGCGGCGUAGUCGUCGCCACUCCCGCUUGUGAUGUGGCAUCGGCUGCCUCGUUGAAAUCAACCCUCGAAGAAUGCAGUCAACGACUACCGCCCAUUCGAGGCUGCAUCAAUGCUGCUAUGGUGCUUCAAGACGCCGUCUUCGAGAAUAUGACCUAUGCACAAUGGGACCUUACACUUCGGUCGAAGGCUCACACCACCUGGAAUCUUCAUGAGUUGCUUCCCCCGUCUCUCGACUUUUUUGUGCUGCUUUCCUCCCUUGCCGGGGUCUAUGGAAGUCCAGCACAGUCCAAUUAUGCUGCUGGAUGUGCCUUCCAAGACGCUGUUGCCUCCUACCGCACUCGACGGGGCCAGAAAGCGAUAUCGCUCGAUGUUGGGUGGAUGCGUACCAUUGGCAUCAUAGCUGAAACAGAGCAGUAUCAACGCCACAGAAAGAAUACUGCAGAUAUGGGCCAAAUCGAAGCCGAGGAACUCAUGGCACUGCUCAACAUCUAUUGCGAUCCAAGCCUUCCCUGGCUUGCGCCAGAAAAGAGCCAGCUGCUGAUUGGUGUAGUGACACCGAGAGACCUUCUGGCUCAAGGGCAACCUGUCACUCCCUUGGCCCAGCGACCUCUGUUCGCAGGAUUUUCCCGGGCUACCAAUGGUUCUGCACAAGGCUCUGGAAAUGAAGCAUCAGUCGAUCUAGGUGCUUUAUUCCGGCAGGCAACAGACCCUAAAGAACAAGGGAGGAUUGUCGUAGCAGCAUUGACAGCCAAGCUUGCACGUGCGCUAUCAGUCAGUCCCGAGGACGUUGAUUCUAGCAAGCGUCUAUCUGACUGCGGCGUCGACUCUCUGGUGGCUGUUGAGCUACGCAACUGGAUUGGCAUUGAUUUUCGAGCUGAAGUGGCGGUGUUUGAAAUCAUGGGAGGGGUGACGAUUGAGGCAGUCGGAGCCCUGGUGGCAGACAGGAGUGAACUUGCAGGGGACGUGACAAGUAAGGAGUAG